AUGGACAUCCGACUUAUCCUCAUCCUGGCUCUAACCUCAUGCUGCCUUGCCGUUCCUCAGAGACAGAAACGAAACAUCCUCACAGACAAGAGUAGAUUAUGGCCUUUCGGUGUCGUACCAGUCGUAUUCGACAAAAGCAUUGAUGGGUUUACAUUGGAGAAAAUCCUAGCAUCCAUGCAGGAGAUCCAGAUGAGUACAUUCAGUGGCACCAGAGCUUGUCUGUCUUUCGUGCCGAGAAAGAAUGAGGACAACUACGCCCUCUUCACAGUCGUUCCUGGUGUGUAUGGUGACGGACAACCAGGCAUGUCAGGUGGUGCCCAGACCAUCCAUCUCUACCCCAACAUGGCCAAGGCCGACAUCAUGCAGGUCCUUGUCUACACUCUUGGAUUCUACAAUGAAUUCCGCCGUCCUGACCGCGAUAACUACGUAACCGUCAACAUGGACAACAUCGAUGAGAAAGAUCAAAAAUUCUUCACCGUCGGAAACGCCACGACAUUUUUCAACUACCCAUUCGACUUUGAGUCCAUCACAUUCUUUUACCCUUACGCAUAUGCUAAGGACCCCUCUAAGCCAACUAUUCAGGCUAGAUACGAAAGCCAGGUGUUCCCAUGGAAGGUCAGUCUUAGCAACUACGACGUCAGCAACCUCCAGAGGAUUUACGAAUGUGGAACCGAUACCAGCAAUAGACUCGACCUUCUGUCAGGUAUGAUCUCAAAAUGUACCUUCGAGUUCAACUUCUGUGAAUGGGAACAAGACACUACUGAUGACUUCGACCUUGAAAGACAUAUGGGACCAUCCUCCAGUGGUGAUACCGGACCACAGGCCGACUUCAGCAGCGGAAUUGGUUACUACGCUCUGGCUAGCGCCAGGAACAACCAUAACUCCGCCACCAGAUUGAUCAGUCCUGAGCUCCCAGCAGGAGAUUACUGCAUGCGAUUCCAUUACUACAUGUACGGAAGUGACACCAGGAAGGCCAGAUUAGUGCGCAGAAUGUCUGGAAAUGAUGAAGUUUUGGCUGAAAUCGAAGGAAACCAAGGAAAUCUGUGGCACAGAUACAGCGAAAGCAUUUCUAGUCCUGAUAGUUUUAAGUUCGUCCUCGAAGCUAUGACUGGCGGAAGUGACCUUGGAGAUAUCGCCAUUGAUGACGUGUACAUCUUGAGGGGACAAUGUCUUGUAUAA